UGAAACAGUAUUUGUACUUUAAACAGGAGAAGGGAAUAGAACGAAAAAUCUCAUUUUCUCGAUACUUGUAGCAAUAUUUUCAACAAGCUUAAGUCAAAAUGAAUUACGCUUUCGUCGUAUGGGGGCGCUAGUGAAACUGCAUCCGUAAAGCCUGAGAUUUCAGUUUCCCUGUCAACCUGGAGGAAUCAGCAUCUCUUCUUCCUUAGAAAAUUUGGUGCCAAGAAUGAUUCUGAGAGUAUAGAGGAACAAAUCAAUGACUCAAAGUGAAUGCUAUAGAAUGAUGGGUUGGGAAUAAACUUUAAGUCACUCACUCUUUAAUUGCCUUUUUUUGCAUCAUCUUCUGUAAAUUAUUUUCAAAAACUGUUUCAUAUUGUUUUAACGAAAUUUCUUAAAAAAAGUAAAGUUAUAAAGGAAUACCUUAUGAUUAAAAAACUUCAAUGGGAUAUAGAGACUAAUAAAGUAAAGAAAUAAUUCGAAAAUAAACUUCAAUCCAAGUUAAUGCAUGCGGGAUGAACUGAUUUUUCGAGGAUAUGAUAUUUGUGCAAACUUUUGAUAUUUUGAAACAUAAAUUGUGAGUUGUGAUAAGUAAGGAAGUAAUCGGAGAAUUAUGUUUAUUAUAUUGAUAUUUUCCACAUUAUUGCGAUUUGGAGUGUCUUUUGGAAAAGUACCUAUUCGAGAAUUCUUAGCUGUAUCUGGAGGUGAGGCAAGUCUUCCAUGUAACAUUGCAAUUCCCAAAGAUCCAGAGUUGAUAUCCCUGAUCCUGUGGUUUCGAGAAGGCUCAAAAUCACCCAUCUAUACUUUGGAUUUUCGAAAAGGUCAUCCGGAGCAAGCAAAGCAUUUUCCUGCAAAAGCACUUAAAGAUAGAUCUUAUUUUGAUACUAGCGAAUAUCCACCGACCUUAAAAAUUAAACCGACACAUGUUGAUGAUGAAGGAAUAUAUAAAUGUCGAAUAGAAUAUAAAAGAUCAAGGAUUGAUACCAGGAUAGUAAAGCUUAAUAUAAUAGUGCCUCCCCAAACAGUUGUAAUAAUGGAUGACAGAGGUCAAAAACUUAAAAACUUGGCUGGACCAUAUGACGAAGGAUCUCGUCUUUCCUUACAUUGCGAAGCCGAAGAAGGAAACCCUGCUCCUGUUGUAACGUGGUGGAAGAACGGCCACAUGUUGGAUGAAACUUAUUUUCGAACUGCUAAAGGUUUUGUGAGAAAUGAGCUAGUAAUAAAAGAAAUUCGAAGAUCUGAUUUUAUGCUGGAGCUUGUUUGCCAAGCAUCAAACACAAAUCUCACUGACCCUCUCAGCACUUCCGUUUACGUUGAUUUAAACCUGCGUCCAUUAUACGUACAUAUAACAACUACUCCAAAGCCUUUGAAAGCAAGGACUGACCUUCGACUUGACUGUGAGACAUCUGGUUCAAGGCCGGCAGCUAAAUUAUCUUGGUGGAUUGAUAAUAAAAUCAUCCAAAACAACAGGCAAUCCUUUUUUGUAAAUAGAAAUAUAACGUAUAGUAGUUUUCAUCUAACUAUCAAUUCUGAAGACAAUGGAAAAACAGUUUUAUGCAAAGCAGAAAAUCCAGCCUUGCCUCACAGUGUUAUUCAUGAUGCAUGGACACUCAACGUACUUUUUCCACCCCAAGUGACUUUGCAAGUUGGCGCUAACAUUAAGUACUCUACGAUCAAGGAAGGCAAUGAUGUGUACCUGGAAUGUGUAACUAAGUCAAAUCCUGGAAUAAGAGAAUUAACUUGGUUUUUCAAUGGUGUUCCUUUUUAUGGCAAUGCAUCUACUGGUAUUUUAAUCUCCAAUCAGUCUUUGGUAUUGCAAAAAGUUAGGAAGGACAAUAGAGGGAGAUACAAAUGCUCUGCUGCAAACACUGAAGGUAAAGGUGAAAGCUCGGAAUUGUCACUUGAAGUACGAUAUGCACCAACAUGUAAAGGCAUUGGAAAGUCACUGUACGGUGUUACAAGAGGGGAAAGCGUGAAUAUUACUUGUGAAUUAGAUGCUGAUCCAGAUGAUGUCAUCUUUCGUUGGUCCCUAAACAAUUCGGUUGAAAAUGUAGAAUUGAUGAACUUUACUUCCAAAAAAAUUCGUAGCAUUCUUACGGUAACUCCAAAAGCUCUAUUGGAUUUCGGUGUGAUUAUGUGCUGGGGGACAAAUGCAGUUGGUGAACAAAAGGAACCAUGUGUGUCUAGGAUUAUUCAAGCUGGUCCACCAGAUCCUCUGCGGAAUUGUGUGAUUGCAAACAGAACGCAAAACUGGAUUUUGGUAGAGUGUGAACCUGGUUAUAAUGGUGGCUUACCACAAAAAUUCCAUCUGGAUGUCUAUAAUUCUGCAGUUGAUCAUCUUCAUUUUAAUCUCACCAAUGAUGAGUAUCCUACUUUUUCCGUUACUAAGCUUUCUCCGAACACGCCUUUUGUACUAGUUGCAUCUGCUUCAAAUGAAAAAGGACGGAGUAAUUCUGUUGCGCUACUGGGAAGCACACUUUCAGUUAGAGAUGAAGAGCAAGAAGCUGCAUUUAUGAGUCGAUUCACUCUAUUAGUUGCUGUAACAAUUGCAGCACUUAGCACUUUGUUGGCGAUAGGCGUAGUCGCAUUGGCACUUGUUCAAAUACGAAGAAGGAGACUCCGAAAAGAUGAAUUUUCCAUUGAAGAAGAAACAGAAAAAGUUCAGAAAGCAACAAAGAAAAAAGUUGUUGAAGAUGUUACUGAAUUUUCUGUCGCAUGUCCAGAUGUGGUGCCACCAAACAAUGUUUGCGAUAGUGAAAGUGUUGAAAGUGCUACGAUUCAAGAAGGUCAAUCACCUGAAAGUAUAAAAUGUAGUAGAAAUUAUAGAAACUGCGUAGUGGCUUUAAAGAGAUCAUGGAGCCUUAAGAAAAAGUACAGGGAAAAGGAUGAGAUUGAAGUUAGCUUAGCGGAAUUAAACUAUACAGAUGAUUUACCCAGAAUCCCACUAUCCCCAACAACCAUUAUAACACCUUCACCAUGGUAUGAAGAAGAACAUAAUUUAUCAAAUCCAAAUACAUUGCUGAGAUUAAAACACCAAGACGAUCGCGUAGUGUCUAUAAAUACUGAGGAUAAUAUAAGUGCAUCUCUAUAUUGAUGAUGUUUAUAAAACAAAUGCAGAACAAUUUAUUGUUAUUGCGUGAUUAAAUUUAAAAAGGAUCUUGGAUAAGACGAAAGCACGCUACACAUUUAUCAGAUUUUUGUUGUCCAAAUUAUGCUACUACUUUGAGUGAUGUGAAGAAAUAAUUCUUCGGCUGCAUAAAAAAAGCACAAAUCACUAAAAUAAAAGAAAAAUGUCAUUAAAAUGAUAAAAAGAAACAUUGCCUAAAAUUUUUAAGUUAUCAUUUGAAUAAGUAAAAUUUUUAUAAUAUUAUCUAACUUUUAUAUUAAUAAAAACAUUAUUAGGACUUAUUUCGAUUGAACAAGCGGCCUAAUAAUAUUUAUAGUUUAUUCUUUUAUAAAAAUGUUAAUAUUACAUAUUUACAAAUUUAUUUUCAAGAAAAUGCAGUAAAUAUGUAAAAUUUUUACUAUUACCUUUCUUAACAGAAGCCACAUUGUUCAAUUUUUAUAAAUUUGAUCACAUUUUUCAGGUAAAAUUUGCAUAAAAUGUUUCCUAAAAUGUAAUAUUAAUGAGUAUCACCAAAAAUGGAUGCAUUUUAAGGUAUCUGACUAGUGCAAAAUCAUGUUUUUGGACAAAGUUGUUGAAAUUGAAUUUAGUAUGAAUUUAGAUCCCCUGUAAAAUACUUUACUUUUGUUUGUACUCCAAUUAAUCACAAAGUAAUAGCAGUGAUUAAAGAGAAUAGAUUUAUGUAUUUAAGUCUUUGAAUGCAUUUAUCUAAAAAUCAGAUUUUUUUUCACUUCUUUCAACACCUUAAAUACGAUAUGUUAUAUUAUUUUUAAAAUAAUUGUCUACAAUUUUAUCAUGAGUGUUUAUAAAAGUGGAAGACAUGUUUGGAAAUACAGGCUAAGAGAAAAAAGUAGAAUGUUAUUUCUCAUACAUUUAAAAAUUAUGAAAAAUUUGCUUUUUAACUUCAUUGAUUUCUAACUCAAUAGUAUAUGUAUACUUGCUUUUAAGUUUUUUGUUUCAGACUAUAUACAUUUAUUUACAGUGUUUAGCGUAUAUGC